AUGGUUCAAGGCUCCUGGUUCAACGCCUCCUCCGAGGGCGGCGGCGGCGGCGGCGAGGACGACGACGACAACCCGUUCGUGCAGCCGGGCUGGCAGGUGGCCCUGUGGGCCGUGGCGUACGCCGCCAUCGUGCUGGUCUCGGUGGUGGGCAACGCGGUGGUGAUCUGGAUCGUCCUGGCCCACCGGCGGAUGCGCACCGUCACCAACUAUUUCCUGGUCAACCUGGCCUGCUCCGAGGCCGCCAUGGCCGCCUUCAACACCCUCAUCAACUUCACCUACGCCGUGCACAACGUCUGGUACUACGGCCUCUUCUACUGCCGCUUCCAGAACUUCUUCCCCGUCGCCUCCGUCUUCGCCAGCAUCUACUCCAUGACCGCCAUCGCCGUGGACAGGUACAUGGCCAUCAUCCGUCCUUUGCAACCAAGACUGUCUGCGACAGCCACAAAAAUUGUCAUCUGUGUCAUCUGGGUUCUGGCUUUGCUGUUAUCAUUCCCACAAGGCUACUACGCAACAACAGCACAGCUGCCUGGCCGGGUGGUGUGUAUGGUAGAUUGGCCAGAAAACACAACCCUAACGUAUGAAAUACCAUACCGCCUCAGUGUGAUGCUCCUCAGCUACGUCGUCCCACUCCUCGUCAUAGGCUAUGCCUAUACAGUGGUCGGCAUUACUCUGUGGGCUAGUGAGAUACCAGGGGACUCCUCAGACCGCUACCAUGAACAGGUGUCGGCCAAGCGGAAGGUGGUCAAGAUGAUGAUCGUGGUGGUGUGUACCUUUGCAGUCUGCUGGCUGCCUUUCCAUAUCUACUUCAUCCUGCAGCAUUUUAAUGAAGAGUUGUACCAGAAAAAGUACAUCCAGCAAGUCUACUUAGCGGUCUUGUGGCUGGCCAUGAGCUCCACCAUGUACAACCCAAUUAUCUACUGCUGCCUUAAUGACAGGUUCCGCAUUGGCUUCAAGCGGGCGUUCCGGUGGUGUCCCUUCAUCAGUUCCAGCGAGUAUGAAGGGCUGGAGAUGAAGUCCACCAGAUACCUUCAAACCCAGAGCAGUAUGUACAAGAUCAGCCGGAUGGAGACCACGGUCACCUCUGUGGCGGGCAACCCAGAGGAGGAACUGGAGGAACUGGGCAAAACCAAGCGCCUCUCUGUGGACCUGACCUCCAACGGGUCCUCCCGGAGGGACUCCAAAACUGUGUCCGAGAGCCUGAGUUUCUACUCGAGCACACUUUCCUAGGCGAGCCGCCUCCGUCCAAGCGACGUGAUCUCCGGGUGGAUGGAGCGAGACUUGGGGGGGGUUGAACUUUUCUUCGUGAGGACCUCGCUCUUGGUUUGUAACAAGGGCCGCAUCAUCCACCUCGUCGGUCCUUUCUGGCUCAGGUCACGAGGGGAGCUUUCCUUCUCUCGUGGUGUCUGCCCCGUGGUGGCUCUGCCGUUAAACGUGGGCCCCUCCGAGGCUCUUGGUUCACGAGGGGGUGGAGGGGCUCGGAGGUCCUGCGCUCGCUUUGCGAAGGGCCUUUUCUCACCUUUGGGCCCCGCCGCUCACCUCUUCUCCCCACAGGCUCCCCACGUGCAUGCACCCCCCCUCUCUGUAACCUCCUGAGAGAAAACCUUUGGCGUUUGAGAAGUUCCUGUAGGAAGCUGAAGCCCUGUCAGAGCCAGAAAUAGAAAAUCCCCAAACAGGAAGAGUUCGAUUUGAAGGUGGGUUUUUUUUUUGGUUUGUUUUGUUUUGUUUUUGAUCCUGAGAGCCCUUCCUUCCAAAUUGGUUCCUUCCCUUCUUGAGCACGUGAUGCCCUUCCAAGGUUGAUCCUUCUCGGUGUAUCAGCUUUGUUUAUGCUCAUGUCUUCUUACCUACCCAUCCUCCUCCUGAAAUGAAUUCUGAUUGUUUUGAGAGCCUUAAAUAGUGCAUUGGAACCUCGUUGGUACAGACAAAAAAAUGUGGGAGGAGGCAGGGUGAGUAGCCUCCUCAUCUCUGUGCUACGAUUAUCCC